AUGAAUUACGCCAGCAGAGGCAAACAUGAUCCGAAAGCGGAACAAAAUAAUCAGCAUUUAAAGGCACUGUUUCGGGUUCACUUUAACCGAAUGCCAUUCAAGGCAAUUCCAAAGAAGUUAACUGUGGCACUUAUGGCACGAGUCGUUAAAAUAUCCAACUACUAUCCGGCAAAAGGUGGGUUGUCUGCAUACUACAGCCCGCAUAUGAUUAUGCAUCAACGAAUGGUUGAUGCCUCCAACAAAUUUGUCGCUGAGAUUGGUGCCUAUGUCCACGGAUAUGGUCAUGACACCAAGAAUAAUAUGGCUGCUCGAACGAUCGAAGGUGUUUACAUGGGACCCACCGACAAUAUUCAAGAAGGGCACCGUAUCUAUGAUCUGAACACAAAGUGCGAAGCACGACGUGCAAAAAUCAAGGUUCUUCUGAUGACUGACCAAGUCAUCAAGAUUAUCGAAGAAGACGCAAGAUUGGAAGGAGUUACGGAAUUGCGCACCUAUUCCAAGCGUAAUGGCGAGCUAAUCCUCGAUGGUGAUUUGCUCAAAGGAGUGGACCCAGAUGAACUGUGGGAUGAAAACUACGUACCAGUAAACGAAAUCGAAAGACUGAGUGAUGUAACCCUCCGAAAUGAAAAUAUUCCAGAUGACAAACUUGAUGAAUUACUAAUGGAUGCUGAAGCAGACAUCAUGGAAGCGAGGUUCGACAGGGACAGAAACCCAAGAUACGAUAGCGAAGCAAAUCAAUAUGAAGACGAGCUAGAGGACGAAAUGUUCGACAGAAUGUUCAAGAAGAUUAAGGCUAAACAAGAUGCUGAAGAUCUGAUGGACGAAGACUACCAAGAACACGAAUGGAUAACGGCCAAUGAGGACAUGGACGACGAAGACGAAUACGAGUCUGAACUAGACGAUGAAGAAACCAAGCAAAUGUUAGACGAACUGGCAGCUGAGUUAGUGGAACUUGGAAAACCAGACAAAGAAGAGGUUCUGUUUGAGUUUGAUGACGACACACAAGAAGAUGUGGAAGUUGAAUCAGAAGAGGAAGAUGGUGUCGCUCGCGCAGGAGUGAGAUUCGCGGACACAGAUAAUGAUGAGUCCAACACCGAAGGAAUUGUAAGAAGCUACAGUGACGACGGUGUCGAAGUUGGAGCGAAAUGGGUACUUCGCCCAAGACACAAUCGAUCCUACUUCUCACAAGGGGUAAAAAUGAGACCCACUGAGAGAUACAGAAGAGAGAAAUCAAGAUUUGGACAGAGAUACCUGCAAAAAAGGAAUCCGCCUGUGACAAACGUUCUGAGAAACAGGCGUGCAAUGAGAAGAAAAGCACGAAUGAAAAGACUCCGAGUAUCGCUGUAUCAAGCAAUUAAGAAACGAAUUGACACGCAAAGAAAUGGAGCACAGUUGCAAGGAAACCUUAAGCACGAGCGUUCCAUCCGAGAACGCGUGCACAAUUUGGCAUUCCAACAAGUCGGGAACACAAACAAAGGCAAAUAUGACGCUGACGAAGCGUUGGUAGUCGCUCGUGUUAUUCAACAAAUACGCGAGGGUGUCAACGGUGGUAUCAAUGGACAAGACGGAGUCUCGUUCAUUCAGCAAUACUAUCUGAAUAAAGGACUGAAAAUAUUCAAGGAGCGAGGUAAAGACGCGGCCAUGAAAGAACUUGACCAAUUAAUCAAGCGCAGUUGCUGGACACUGAUCAGUAUUGAGAAACUAAAACCAACCGAAAGAAAGAAGGCCGUAGAUGCGAUGAUGCUACUUGCCAAAAGAAUGAUGGCGUAA